CGCGACAACCCCUCGUGUGCAGCCACCUGUAUCCAUCUCGAACGGUGGUAUUACCUCCACUGCUCGCCACACCCGGGCCCCCACGCUCGCCCCCUGCACCGGAUCCCACCACCACACUUACGGCGGCGCGCCGGCACCCAUCUCGCCGCCGACGCGCCGCGCCCCGCGCCUCCGAACGAACCGCUUGGGCCGAUCCCCCCCGACCGAUGCGCCGCCCCAAUGCCCGCGCCGAGCCGCCGGAACAAACCCUAGCUCCUCCUGUCCCCACGGGCACCAAGAUGGGCGCCCAGCGGCGACGACCCAGCUCCCGCCGGCGCCUCGCCGGCGCCCUCGCGAUCCUCACCGCUACCGCUCUCGCUCUUGUCCUGCUGGCCCGCUCGCCGCCCCCCAGCUACGGCGUCGUCAUCGACGCCGGCAGCACCGGGAGCCGCGUCCACGUCAUCGCCUACCGCGCUGCGGCGGGCCGGGACGCGCUACCGCGGCUGGACUGGGCGCGCACGGACUCGCUGAAGGCGACCCCUGGGUUGUCGUCCUUCGCGGCUGACCCCCGCGGCGCGGGGCUGUCCCUGGCUCCGCUUGUGGAGUUCGCCCGGCGCCGGGUGCCGCGGCGGAGCUGGGCGGACACCGAGGUGCGGCUCAUGGCCACGGCCGGGCUCCGUCUGCUCGAUGCCGCGGUGGCAGAGUCCGUCCUGGAGUCGUGCAGGGACGUGCUUCGGCAGUCCGGGUUCCGGUUUCAGGACGAAUGGGCUACCGUGAUCUCAGGAGCUGAGGAAGGGAUAUAUGCUUGGGUUGCAGCAAACUAUGCACUGGGUACUCUAGGCGGUGAUUCACAAGACACUACUGGGAUAAUUGAGCUUGGUGGGGCUUCUGUUCAGGUUACAUUCGUUACGGGUGAGCCUUUGCCUCCGGAGUUCGCUCAUGUGGUUAAGUUUGGUGAUGUCACAUAUAAUCUGUACAGCCACAGCUUUUUGCAUCUUGGUCAGAAUGUAGCGUAUGAAUCACUCCAUGACUUGCUCAGCUCACCUGGCCUUAAAUCAAUGGCCACACAUUUAAUUUCCAAAGCGAAGUACAAAGAUCCUUGUACUCCAAGGGGAUUUACACACGUGGCAGGAUCAAUUCUUCCUGCUAGUGUUCUUGAGCCAAAGAAUGAGUACAGACCUUUUGCUCAUGCUGUGGGUAACUUCUCCGAGUGUAGAUCUGCAGCGCGGACACUAUUACAAAAAGGAAAAGAGGAAUGCACGUAUCAUGAAUGUCGUCUUGGUGCUGUAUUUGUACCAGAGCUGGAAGGGAAAUUCUUAGCAACAGAAAACUUUUACCAUACUUCGAAGUUCUUUGGGCUGCACUCAAAGUCCUUCCUUUCUGAUCUGAUGCUGGCUGGGGAGAAAUUUUGCCAUGGGGAUUGGUCAAAGAUUAAGAAGAAGUACAGUUCUUUCGACGAGGGGGAUCUGCUUCUUUUUUGCUUCUCCUCAGCAUAUAUUAUCGCUUUAUUACAUGAUACUCUAAAAAUGCCAAUGGAAGAUAAGAGGAUUGACGUUGUGAAUCAAGUCCGGGGUGUGCCCGUUGACUGGGCAUUGGGUGUUUUCAUUGUGCAGAAGUCACUAAACCGGGCAGAGUACUCAGAUCCGUCAGUUUCAUAUCUAAACAGCUAUGACUCUUCUGGCUUGGUUCCACUUCUGUUCAUUAGUACUGUGGUUGUAUUUACAGCAUGCUCCAUCCUGAAGUGGAGAAGACCUCAGCUGAAGACGAUAUACGACAUGGAGAAAGGCCGGUACAUCAUAACCAGGGUCAGCCGAUGAGCCUUGCGCGUCGUCGCUGGGAAUGGGUGUUCCUGCAACGGAGUACCAGUGAUUGUGUAUGUAGAUUUUCCUAAAGUGAUUUUUACUCGGUGAACAAUCACGCAUCAGCACGUUAUGUUGCAGAAUUAACCUUCUGAGUUUCAGCAGCCCCUUGUGUAUGAUAGAUUGAUGCGGGUUGCGCGGCAUUCGUGCACGAUCGAUCAAUGAUGUAUUGUUCUCAAAAUGUUGUUGAUGUAAUUAUACAAUUUUGUGCAGUGAAAGUCGUCAGGUAUACCGACUGACAUUUUCCA